AUGAGCAUCGCCAUCCGGCUCUGGAGUCUGGCACUGGCCCUGGCCGCUCUUCCCUGUGCCUGUCCUUCUCCUGUCUCCCCCCCCUUCUACACAUCGAUCUUGAUUACAAUCAUUUUGGGGGCCCUUGGAGUCCCUUUCAGUUGCAACAUCAUCCAUAUUCGUAUGCACGAAUACACCAGAAUUGGCAGAUUGGAAGCCAAACAGUCGGCUGGCUGGCCGGGAUCAGAUCAAGGCAAACGGGUGGAGAACGGGCAUCGAAUUCUGGCACCGGUCGGACCUGCCUGUUCAGUUUCAGAUGUCCGGAAGCAACGCCAGAAGAUUGCCAAUUGA